AUGGCUAACGACUUGGGGCCCCAGGACACCGCGAACGCGCUGUGGGCCCUGGAGCGCCUGCGGGCGCUCGACCUCGAGCUGCUCGCGGCCCUGGGCGGGCAGGCCCUCCGCAGCCUGCGGCUCCUGAGGCCCGCUGGCCUCGCCGCCGUGCUCACCGCGCUCGCGCGCGCGUGCCGCGGCGUGCCCCCCGAGCGGUGGCCGCCCGUGGUGCCCCGGCUCGUCGGCGCCGUCGCCGGUGAGGUCCCCGCGCUCGUGGCCCCGGGGCGGUGCGGCCACGCCGAGUUCGCGCAGGUCUGCUGGGCGUUCGCGACGCUGGCUCACACGGAGCCAGCCACCUACGAGCGUCUGGCCGCCGCCGGAGCCGCGAUCGGAUGGGGUGUGCUCCAGCCUCGGGACCUGGGGACUGUGGCGUGGAGCUUCGCCACGGCGGGCACGGCGACGGAGCCGUUCAUGCGUGCCGUCGCCGCAGCGUCAGUGCCCGCCGUGUCGCAGUUCGACCCGCAGGGCGUCGCGAAUCUCUGCUGGGCCUUCGCGGCCUCGAGGGCGGAGUCCUCGGGCGAGCUCUUCGCCGCCGUGUGCCCCCACGCCGCCGAGGCGGCGAAGGCGGGGGCGUACAGCGCGCGCCAGCUGUCGAACAUAUCCUGGGCGUUCGCCAGCUCUGCCUGCCUCGACGACGAGCUCAUGGAAAGCGUCGCGCUGCAGUCGUGCAGGCACAUCAGGGAGUUCCGUGGCGCCGAGCUGGGAGCGCUGGUGUGGUCCUUCGCGACCGUGUCGGCGGGCGGCUGCCACGCGGCGGCCCUCGCCGAGGCGGCGGCCAAGGAGCUGGUCGCCUCGCCGGGUGCGCCCGACGCCUCCUGGACGGCGCGGGAGGUGGCCAACACGGUGUGGGCGCUGGCCGUGCUCGACCACCACAGCGGCGCGGCCGUCCGCCACGCCGCCGGCGUGCUCUCCCGAGCGCGGCAGGCAGGUGAGGCUCUGGACAUGCACCUGGGGCAGUGGUACUUCGCCUGGCUGGGGCUGACGCUGCUUCGCGCUGCUGGACCCGAAGCGCUCGCCGCCGGCGCCGUGGACCCGGCCUGGGUCCAGGAGUGCCAGGGCUCGGCGAAGAAGCAGGCAGUGUUGCAGCACGCGGAGCCGGGCCUGUGGGGGCCGGUCUCGGCCAUGUCCAGGCUGCACAGGGACGUCGGCGCGGAGCUGCGGCGCCUCGUGGGCGCCGACACCCUGGUAGAGGACGAAUACGUGAUACACCACUGCCUGGUUGUGGACCUCGUGCUGCCGACGCUUGGCAUAGCGCUGGAGGUGGACGGCCCAGGCCACUUCGCCCACCGCCUCCGCCCCAGCGCGGGGCAGGAUGCUUUACAGCAGCGCGGCGCGUCACGGCUGAAGAGGCGGCUGCUGCGCCAGCUCGGCUGGGACGUGCGCGCCGUCCGCUGGCUGGAGUGGGACAGCCUGCGCUCCGCGUCGCAGAAGAGAGACCACCUCCGCGCGGUGGUCCUGGAUG